UGCAUAUUGGAUGAAGGCCAUCAGAGUGAGCUGAGUGUGGGAGGCGUCCUCAUUCACAGAUUCAUUUAUUUACCCUCCCUACAAACCUGCUUAAAUACCCCUCCCCGGAGACCUCUUACAGCAUUGUAUACUGAAACCCCAGCAGAGAGACACACACUACAAACCUGACACGCUCCAUGUUUCUCGAAGGAGAGAGGAUUAUGAGCGCCUUCGGGCAGCAGCCAUCGCCGCAGCAGCUGAGCCCGGUGGCCAACCCUAGCGCGCAGGACAUGUUGGACAUGGCCGCCUACUGCGACAAUCUAAGCGCCUACCACCACCACCAUCAACAGCAGCAGAGCGCACAUCACCCGUCACCCAGAUCUUCUGUUCAUGCUCAGGCGUACGGUCUGACCGAGUACGCAGCUCCAGGUGCUAACCCUUACCUGUGGCUGAACGGGCCGAGCAUCGGCACCGCCACCUCUCCGUACCUUCCGGGAGGUACAAAUGGGGCCUCCACCUACAUGCAGCCUGGUUAUGGUACGAGUCAGCGACAGUUCCUGGCACCUUCAGCCGGUUUCCACGGGACCGACCUCGGAUGGCUGGCCGUCCCGGGACAACAGGACCUUUUCAAGAUGGUUCGACCUCCAUACUCAUACUCCGCUCUGAUUGCCAUGGCUAUCCAGAACGCACAGGGCAAGAAACUGACACUCAGCCAGAUCUAUCAGUAUGUCUCUGACAACUUUCCGUUUUACAAAAAGAGCAAAGCAGGCUGGCAGAACUCCAUCAGGCACAACCUGUCCCUUAAUGACUGCUUUAAGAAGGUCGCACGGGACGAGGACGAUCCCGGCAAGGGCAACUACUGGACUCUGGACCCGAACUGUGAGAAAAUGUUUGACAACGGUAACUUCAGGAGAAAGAGGAAGAGACGAGUCGAUGCGGUAAAAACGGAGGACGUGAGCGCGCAGAAACCGGCUGACACGGUGAGCCUAGCUGGGACCGUGCAGCGUUCACCGAGCCCGAGCGACCCCAAAUCCUCACCAGGACUCACCCCGUGUUUCAGCACGUUCGUCAGCACCAUGAACUCGGUGGUGACAGGAAACGGAGACGGGAUGAGGGCGCGGGACACCGGUGCGCUGCUGGCGGAUUUAACACGGGGUCGUGAGGGUGUGUCGCCUCUGAGCUCCUACUGCCCGGGAGAAUCAGCGCCUCCGAGCGACCCGGGACACAUGAACAGGCUGAGCUACUACACACCCGGUCUCGGCAACCACUUUAGCGUGAACAAUUUAAUCUACAGCCGUGAAGGAACCGAGGUUUAGGCGGUUCUUGGAUAGACAGAAUAGCAUCUUAUUUGCGCUCUGUGAGCGCACACCUCAUGUUUUUUUUUUUUCCUUUAUUCUAUUAUUAUUAUUUUGGUUUGGCUUGUUUUUUUUAAACAUUACAAACCAAUUGCACUGUCAAGUUCUGUAAAUAUGUAUAUGCACAGUAGAAAAUGUCCAGUUUUCCAACUGAUUUGUCAGGCUUGAUGUUAUUGUGAGGGUAUUGCGUCUGUUGCAAAGAAAAACCCCUGUAAAUGCUGAGAAUUUACUCAAAGGGAAGCUAAAAGACUCUUACUGUGUAUGCAACAUGAGUAUUGAAAUGCUAUUUUUAUAAUAGCAAUGUUUCAGUAAGCAUGUUGCCUCAUGUUUAUGGUCCACAUUGUCAAAUUUAUUUCGGUUCCUUUUUGCAGAGGGAUGUCGAUGUGUAGUUUAUUUAAUUAUUGCGUUCGUAUUUUGUAAAUUAUGUUGUAAAUAAACUGU